UUAUUUGGUUUAAAAAUACAAUCUUUGACUUGACCUAAUUCGAGAUUCACAAUUACGAAGAUUGCUCAAUGUUGAUAAAUUUGUAAUCCAAGUAAAAACCCCUUUUUCAUCAAUGUUUAGCUGCUUCUCGACUUCUUCGUCUUCGUCUUCCCUCCGCUAGAUCCCAACUCUUCUCUCUCUAACUCCGAUACAGGUUGGUGAUGAGAAUCUCUUGAUACUUACAUUUAUGCAUGUAGUCCCUGCAUUUAUGCUUGUUUACAUUCAAAUCCAAUUAUACACAUACAAAUCUGCGUAUCGGAUCAAUCCAUAAAACCAGAUCCGAUCUCUCCCAUGGCCCCAACCGCACUCUUCCAAUUGGGGCUAUUUUUCAUUUUUAUGUUUUUGAUUGGUUUCUCCUAUUCCGAUCCGAGUUUGGACUGCCCCAGCACCAACACCUCCCUUCUCAACUUCACCUCCCACUUCACCUUGGAGCAGCACCAGCUCCGUGGUAUCUUCUCCAUCAUCAAUGAUUGCUCCUUUCGCGUCUCCCAAUUUGACAUGCUCGCCGGCGCCAACGUCCUCUGGUGGGGCGCCAUGGGCGAUGAUGUUCAGAAUCUCACAAAUGGUUUCCCCGUUUCCGAUUCAAUCCUCAACCAGACCUAUAAAAAUGACACCUUCACCGUUCGUCUGCGGAAGAAUGUCACUUGGGAUCAAAUGAAGCUUCUUGCGGUUUGGGAUGUUCCUACUGCUUCUGAUUUUGGGUAUGUCUUGUUGAAUGGUUCGGGAAAUGCUAAGGAGCAGCCUACUGUCUUUGAUAACUGCAAAGUGCUGUCUGAUAGCUAUAGGAUUAGGUGGAGUCUCAAGGAGGCGGAGAAUGAGGUUGAGAUCGGUUUGGAGGCUGCCGUUGGAGCUGAGGAUUACAUGGGGUUCGGGUGGGCUAACGAGAGUGCUUCUGGUUCACUUAUGGUGGGAGGGGAUGUGGCCAUCACGGCGUUUGGGGAGGGUGGGUUGCCAUUUGCUCACGAUUAUUAUAUAACUAAGUAUAGCGAGUGUAUGAUCGAUGAGGAUGGGAAUGCGCAGGGUGUUUGCCCGGAUACUUUGUAUAAGCCUACUGAUCCAGCUGUGGUGGUGAAUAAUACAAAGAUGAUUUAUGGGCACAGGAAGGAUGGCGUUUCAUUCAUCAGAUAUAGCAGACCUUUGCAGUCUAAUGAUAUCAAGUAUGAUCAGAAAAUUGAUCCCAGGGCAGAGAUGAAUGUGAUAUGGGCAGUAGGGCUGAUUAAGCCUCCUGAUAGUUUACGCCCUUUCUAUCUUCCUCAAAAUCACGGUGGGAGUUAUGGUCACUUGAAGCUCAACCUUUCUGAGCAGGUAAAUGACUGUUUAGGACCAUUGGAGGCUGAAGAUAAGGAGGAUCAAGAUCUUGUCAUUGCAGAUAAAAAGGAGCCGCUUGUUGUGACAACUGGCCCGGCAUUGCAUUACCCGAAUCCCCCAAAUCCUUCUAAAGUUCUUUAUAUCAACAAGAAGGAAUCUCCUCUCUUGAGGGUGGAGAGGGGUGUGCCAGUGAAGUUCUCGAUACAGGCUGGACAUGAUGUGGCACUGUAUGUUACAUCUGAUCCUAUUGGUGGGAAUGCAACUUUGAGAAACACAUCAGAGACAAUAUAUUUUGGGGGUCCAGAAGCUGAAGGUGUACUGGCCAGUCCUACAAAGUUGACCUGGUCACCUGACAGAAACACCCCAGAUCUUGUUUACUAUCACUCUCUUUAUGUGCCAAAGAUGGGCUGGAAAGUUCAAGUGGUUGAUGGAGGUUUGCCAGACAUGUAUAACAACAGUGUCUCUUUGGAUGAUCAGCAGGUUAUGCUUUUCUGGACGCUAGCUGACAACUCAAUAUCUAUUGCUGCUAGGGGGGAGAAAAAAAGUGGUUAUCUAGCAAUUGGGUUUGGUCGCGAGAUGGCCAACAGCUAUGCUUAUGUGGGUUGGAUUGAUGACAGUGGUAAAGGAAGGGUGAACACAUAUUUUAUUGAUGGAAAUGAUGCUUCAAGUGUCCAUCCAACAAAGGAGAACUUGACAUAUGUGAGAUGCAAAUCCGAAAAUGGCAUCAUCACACUGGAGUUCACACGUCCCCUCAAUCCAUCUUGUGAUCGGAAGGCAAGGCAUGAAUGCAACAAUAUCAUUGACCCCUCGACUCCUCUGAAGGUAAUUUGGGCCAUGGGUGCUCAAUGGUCUGAUGACCACUUGAGCGUGAGAAACAUGCAUUUUAUAACAAGCAAGAGGCCAAUUAGUGUGCUGCUGAUGCAUGGUUCUGCAGAAGCAGAGGAGGACUUGCGACCUGUCUUAGCUGUACAUGGGUUUAUGAUGUUUCUUGCAUGGGGCAUUUUGCUUCCUGGUGGCAUUCUGGCUGCUAGAUACCUGAAGCAUGUGAAGGAUGACAGUUGGUUUAAGAUACAUGUUUACAUGCAAUAUUCAGGAUUAGCUAUUAUUUUCCUUGGGUUUCUGUUUGCAGUUGCUGAACUCCGUGGUCUCACUCUCCAGUCCACGCAUGUCAAGUUUGGAAUGCUGGCAAUAUUGUUGGCCGUAGCGCAGCCAAUAAAUGCCUACUUUAGACCUAAGAAACCUGAUGUUGGAGAGGAGACGGCUAAGGCUUCACAUAGGCUCAUCUGGGAAUACACUCACGUUAUCAUUGGGAGGUGUGGUAUACUUGUUGGAGUUGCUGCUCUUAUCAGUGGGAUGAAACAUUUGGGAGAGAGAUAUGGUGAUGAAAAUGCUAACGGCCUGAGCUGGGCUCUGAUAGUUUGGUUCUUACUAGGUGCUUUGCUGGUAAUAUAUUUGGAGUAUCGUGACAUGGGUAGAAGACGAGACAGAUUGCCUGGAAGGAGCACUUGGGUUUUGGGUAAUGGUGAAGAAGAGUCUCGAGACCUUCUCAACCAAAGCGAGCCGGCAAAAGAGAAAGAAGCGGGUGAGGUUCAGUUAGAAGCAUUCAACAGAUGAGCUGAUGCAUCAGUUUUUGAAUCUAUAGAGAUUAAUGUUGUUUAUAGGCUAUAUAGCAUUACCCUCUCCUCUCAUGUUUUAUAUACACAGUAAAUUCAUUAACCUAGUCAACCACAUUAUUGUUAUUCUUUUUUCACA